AUGGGCGCCUUCCAUCGAGCGCUUCUCGUGCUCGGUUUGGCCUCGGCGACGGAGGUCGCCAAGGUGACGAAGGGCAACUACGACGCCUUCCUCCAGCUCGCGGCGGACGAGGAGCAGUGGGUGCUGCUCGACUUCUUCGCCCCCUGGUGCGGCCACUGCAAGCGCCUCAAUCCCGUGCUCGACGACUUCGUCGCGGACACGCCGGGCGUGCGCGUGGCGAAGAUCGACGCGACGGCCGAGAAGGCGCUGGCGGAGGCCCACGACGUCGACGGCUACCCGACGCUCCGCUUCCGGCGGGCGGGCUCGAGCGACGCGUUUAGAGAUUACAAGGGCGCGAGGGACGCGGUGGGCCUCGCCCAGCUCGACGCGCGGCUCCGGGGCCCCGCCGUGACGACCUUCGCGGGCGCGCUCGACGACGCGUUGACGAGCGUGACGAAGGGCAACUACGACGCCUUCCUCCAGCUCGCGGCGGACGAGGAGCAGUGGGUGCUGCUCGACUUCUUCGCCCCCUGGUGCGGCCACUGCAAGCGCCUCAAUCCCGUGCUCGACGACUUCGUCGCGGACACGCCGGGCGUGCGCGUGGCGAAGAUCGACGCGACGGCCGAGAAGGCGCUGGCGGAGGCCCACGACGUCGACGGCUACCCGACGCUCCGCUUC